CGAGAAACCUGGCGGCAUAGAUAUACGAAUAGGCUCAGCAACCACCGUUCAAGAGUUUCGCUGCCGAAUUCGCUUCAUCUUACGACGGCAAGAUGGUGAUGUGGUGGGACUGCGAUGCAGUCUAUUGUGGCUUCUGGAACAACGAGGGCAAUACCCACAAUCAUCGAGGGACCUUGACACUCCCGACCCAAUGGGGCCUCAUCCUUGUCGGCUUCUUCACCUUGUUCAUCAAACUGUCCAGCGGCUACCUAUGGGGAACUAUCAAGUUCACCAUCCACCAGUUCAGUGCUUCCACUAAGCCUCGAGAUGCUUCAUACCACCAAUUGCAGCUAGUGCUCCACAACACGGAAAGCGAGUCGACUUUCAUCACCCAGCUGACCAAGGUCUUGUGGGCACACCGGGGCGGACGACCUAGGAUGUUUCGGAAAGGUCUUGCCUUGAUUCUAUUUGCUGGCCUAUACACCAUCGCGUUUGCUUUUACAAGCGGCGUGUCGAGCAGAAUUAUCCGCGCCCACGAUUCGAGCGUUUUAAGCGUGUCCAAACACUGCGGCUGGUUCAAGGAGCCUACUCUCGGGAACAGCUCCUCAAUAUCGUCCGGUGGUGUCUUUGAAUCAGUAAAUGCAAUCUCCGUGAUGGCACGAAAUGUUUACCGCAGAAGUGCGAGUUACUCCCGGUCUUGUUAUGGUCGCUUCGGAGAUAAGUCAACGGCAUGUGAAAAUUACAUCCUACCGACAUUGCCCUAUAUCGUUCGAAGGAACGUUCCAUGUCCAUUCGCUGGCAGAGCAUGUAACGGCUCUGCUAUGUCACUCGAUACAGGUUAUUUGCGCUCUGACAGCCAUUUUGGAAUGAAUACACGCUCUGAGGAUGCCCUGUCUGUGCGGAAAGUUCUCACAUGUGUACCUUUAGCUGGCGAACAGUACACAGAUGGUUGGCAGCAGAUGCCACCGACGUUGUCAACUGCUCAAGAUCUGCCGCUGGAUACUAGGCUUAAAGGUUAUUCAUUUGGCCGAACGAACAGCAUUUUUGGUUCUUUUAAUGAUUUGAACUACACUGCUGCUAUGGACGAAGUGCAUUGGAGGUUUGGCAAGCAACCGUACAGUCUCAAAUGGACCAAUAAUAUUCUAGACCUGCCACCCAUUCCCGCUUGGUUCCCUUUCACGCCGAUUGCAGACGUACAAAACACAACAGCGGACACGAUUAUCGUCGGCUUGACCAAUAGGAACGACUUUGCCUCACCCAUCGCGGAUCCUUGGUUUGCUGUCGACAAUUGUAGCACAUUAUCGGGGUCGCUAGUUGCGACGACCUGCCGGGCAGCAAAUCCACUAUCGUUUCUCGGGUGCCAGGAGCAAUACCAAUUCUGUAAAACGGAAACCGGAUCCGCCGACUCUUGCACACCACUUACAGGCCUCUACCGCCUAACCCCCGAUGUUUUUCUUGCGAAAGAAUUACCAUGGAAUGGCACCAUGCUUGCCAAUAUGGAUCCCAAGCAAUCAGCCCUCUACCGAUUUCUCGCCAAAAUACUCUCAAGUAGCCAACUUCACUUUCAGCUUGGCUUCAUUGGGCACGAGAAUCUUAUCGCACAGGACUCUCUUUGGGACGGCGGUUUUGGCUUCUCCCUGUCCGCUAACUUGCCUUCUAAUCAGUGGGAAAUGGAAGUAAUGAACUGGAUGAACGUCUCUCUUUCGAACACACAGCGCGGGACCGUGACUUACAGUCGUCCAAGCGAGUUUGAUAUCGGUGGCGGCGUCUCAAGCCUAGAAUACAUGGAGCACCCACAAGAAACGGAACUGCGCCGUCUCUGCGAGCAGGUCAAGGUGCGCAGCGCUACCCAUACUUCGUUUUCCGUCCUCGCUAUGGUGGUCACCAUUGCACUGGGAGUCAUUUGUAUUGUCUCGGAUUUCGUGGUCCGCAGAGUAGUCUUCUUUUUCCAGCGCCGCACAGGACAUGGUGUCGAGAAACAUCAGCAGUGGACCGAUAGCUCCGCAUUUCAAAUGCAGCGGAUGGCAGCCGAGGGCGCCAGCAUCGGGCCGUGGAGAGAAACGAAAGAUGACGUGCCGACUUUGGUGAACUCGAGGCUCCUGUUCAGUCUGACUGGGCAGCAACGGACUUGGGACGUCGAUGAGGCCUCGGAUCAAGGAAGCUUGGACGUAAAGGGGAUUCGACGUAGAGCUUUGAACAAGGGUGUCACGCACCGAGAAACGGAACUACAAGAUCUUGUGGAAUUCAGUGGCCUCAACGCGAGACACGUUUGA